AUGCCGCAAAAACUCGGGAAGCUCACUGUCGCUCUCUUCAUCAAAGUCGUAAUAGACGAUUUUCUCAGAGCUGAGGGAAUGACAUUAAAACGCUCCUGCACUUUGAACGAGACGUUGUUGACGAACUGCAAGAAAUUCCAACUGAAACACGAUCUCAAUAAUAAUAAGGUGGCAGAAAAAGUAGAAGCCGACCGUCUCGUUGAGGAGCGCACCUUCAUGUGGUCAUGGCCUUUUUGCACCGAAGGAAUGGCUCAUGGUGCCUACAUGCGGGACAAAUUUCUUGUGUGUUUGCCAUUCAAUAGGGGUGGCACGGGCGAGAAGAAUGGAACAACGAAGAAAUUUGAGCGCAUUGCUGAGUGCGACUACAGUUGGACUAUGGGCCUCUCACACGACGCCGAAUUGGGCUCUACUUGUUUUUGGAGGUUGGAAAUCGAAGUGCACCGCAAGUUGAACGCUAUCGUGAUUAUCGCAUCAAGAGACGACAGUCGCUAUUUUGAGACCACCAAACGGCUGAAACGAGUUCGAAAGGUGUACCGGCUGCCGGAUCAUUACGAUGUUGGCACCACGACGACGAAAAUGUACGACUGGGCCGUAAUUGUUGAGGUGUACCCCAGGGAAAGGACCAAAUCGCUAAUCCAACGGUGUUCGUCAGAUGCAUAUUAA